AUGGGGAUGGUGAUGGUGAUGGUGACGGGGAUGGCUGUCACUCAGCCUCAGGCCGCAUACACCGUUUUUACGAAGGGUCUGUCAUCCACAUGGACAUACCACUUGCGUUGCUCACCUUGUUCGGCUGAGAUACUGGCCGAGCUUGAUGAGAGGAUCAAUGAUUGCCUGAUACCUGCCCUUCUGGGGGAUGGCGUUCGUCCUGGUAGCCCUGAGAGAGAGCUGAUGUCAUUUCCAGUGCGUCUUGGUGGUUUGGCCCUCCCUCUGUUGCAGGAUAGUGCACCAGCAGAGCUCGCAGCAUCCUUGAGCAUCACAAAGCCUCUUGUUCAGCUACUGUUGACUGGCACAUAUGCGAACCCUCCAAGCGUGCCUGGUGAUAUGGCAAGGAGCGAUUUGUCGGAUACUGCCCAGUCAGAGGGCUCCGGUGAUACAACCCAGGAGGUUGCCGACCGAGUGAGGCUCUCCAAUCAUGAUCCCGUCCGCGAUGCUGUUGGGGACACCCGCCAGCUGGCACGCUCGACUCGGACAAGCAAAAUGCGGAGCCUAUGCAGCCGGCAACAAGACAUUAAGGCGGACUUGAGCUCGGAGCAACAAUUUCUUGUUGAAAUCGCGUCCGAAAAGGGAGUAUCGUCAUGGUUGACUGUUGCCCCGCGGUGGCAAGAUGGAACCAUCCUGAAGAAAUCCGACUUCCGUGAUGCCCUGUGCAUCCGCUAUGGGCGAAGAGGCUUUUCUCAUGGGGAUGGGGAUGGUGAUGGUGAUGGUGAUGGGGAUGGUGAUGGGGAUGGUGAUGGGGAUGGUGAUGGGGAUGGGGAUGGGGAUGGGGAUGGUGAUGGGGAUGGUGAUGGGGAUGGUGAUGGGGAUGGGGAUGGGGAUGGUGAUGGGGAUGGUGAUGGUGAUGGGGAUGGGGAUGGUGAUGGUGAUGGGGAUGGGGAUGGGGAUGGUGAUGGGGAUGGGGAUGGGGAUGGGGAUGGGGAUGGGGAUGGGGAUGGGGAUGGUGAUGGUGAUGGUGAUCUAUUCACUACGUGCAUCGGACUGAACUGUUGGCCACUGUAA